AUGCCUCGCCCAAGCGUUGGAGUGUUUGGCAGAAAUGCCACUCCUUGCCUUGAGAUCAAGCCAGAUUCGCCUUUUGUCGUCUUCUACGGCGAGUCAUCCGAAUCGCAUGAGACGGAGCUCAAGGGCAAGCUCAUCCUGAACAACCCAGAGUCCAUGUCGGUGCGUAGCUUGCGCAUAACACUUACAGGCACUCGCAAAGUUUCAUGGCACUUGACCAAUACCGUCACUCCGCAGCCCAUAACGCAAAAAACAAACUUCCUCGUUGAAGAGCUUCACCUGUUCCCCAUUGACACCGGCCACAAGACCAAAGCACACAAGAUCAAUGCUGGAUACCAUGAGUGGGACUUUAAAUUCAAGAUGCCUCAGAACCUCGACCAGAGUGUCGAGGGCCUGCCCUCCAACUGGAUUGUGUACAACCUCAAGGCAACCGUAGACCGGGGUUACAUGAGCAAGCAGCUCAGUGCUUCGACGCACAUUCGCGUAAUCCGGACGCUCGGCCGCGACAUGCUCGAGUCCAUGCCCAUGGAGCAGAUCAACGAAGACAUUUGGGCAAACAAGCUUGCCUACAAGAUCACCGUCCCCCAGAAGAACUACAUUGUCGGAACGCAAAUAACCGCAGACUUUGUUCUGAUUCCUCUUCGGAAAGGUGUCGAGAUUUCAACGAUUAAGAUGGAGUUGAUUGAAUCGCGCCAACUCUUUGCAGAGUACGCUGGCCGACGCAUCAGUCAUCAGCAGGAAAUGCAAGUUGCUCUGAUGGAAGGCAACAUGCCUGAAAACUCCGCACGCACAGUUCCCGACGGAACCGAGGAUGUCGAUGCGCUUUUCGACGAGUCGCAUCGCUUCUCCAUGACGCUCGACCUACCAAAGUCCUUGAAAAACUGUCGGCAAUCAGUCGACACGGAGAACAUUCGUUUGAGCCACAAGCUGCGCUUAUACAUAAACCUCAAGAACCCAGAAGGCCAUACCAGUCAGCUGCUUGUCAAGAAUCACGUCCACCUCUUCAUUUCGCCAAAUCUGCCUCCAAACGAAGACCAAAGCGUCGUGGUUGAUCAGAACAUAUUGUCUCAGCAGGCCAUGCAGGAUGAGGUCAACCAGAACGCCCCACCUACGUACGGACUGCAUCAGUUGGAUGAACUCUACAACGACAUUGAUCCUUCCGGUUUCAUGACACCCGGCGGUUACCGCAGCAUGAUGAACAGUGGUGCUAACACGCCAUUUUUCGCUCAAAGCAGGCGUGGCUCAACUGAAGAUCUCACGUCGUUGGAUGCUGCCAUGCACCAGCCAGGCGGUGGUGCAUCGGCCGCAGCUUUGCAGCAUCGUCUUGCAAACCUCAGCAUGAACCACAGCGACCACCCAACACGCUUCCACCCGUCAAGGCAAAAUUCGUCAGGUGACAGUACCCCUGCUCAGAGCGGUGAGCCUGCGUACUUUGAUCUCCCUGCAUCAAAUUACGACAUGGAUGCCCUGGCCAGGACACCCAGCUACAACACGGCUGUACGCACACCCGCAGGUUCGCGGACACCUGGAGGCAUGGACAUGGAUCUUCCCUCAUACGAGAUUGCGACAUCGAGGCCAAGCUCUCCAAACCGGAGCAGGAGCAGCAGAGCUACCACCCCUAGUCCGGCUCGUAGCCUGGAUACCCUGAACGAGGAGACAUACCGAAAUACGCAGAUGAACAGUAGGAGACAGAGCCCAAGGACCAGUGAUGAUGGAAGGUAA